CCAAGGGGGCUCCUGCAAUACCAAGAGGAAGGUAGGGCUGACUCACCAUGAAUCGGCCUGAGCUGGUCAAUACAUACAGUGGAUGCCACAUGGCUUGAAAAUAGACGGCAGGAAGGUGCUUGUCAUAAUAGGAGGGGCUGAUGCAGUCCACCGACUCCCUCUUGCACCCUCACUUGUGAAUUCGCCAAAUGGUGAAGAUGGCAGCCCCAGAUUCCUGCCUCUGAAGGAAGUAAUUUCUGCGCCAUUAUCAGCUUGCUUUUUCCUGAUGUUUUACCAGAACUGUCCUUUUCCUCUGUCUUCAUCCAGUAUUCAUAAACUACAGGAGCUUACAGGGCUUCCAGUUGCUAGAUUGAAGCCAGGUCCUCUACAUGAGCUGAUUGUUCAGUUUGCCCUUUCAGAAAACCAUCUGCAUGGUUUGAUAACAAGUACUUCUUCCUUCAUUGUGUCUCUUCCAGGCUGCCCAAAACACUGCUAUUUCCUAGAUAAAGGCAUAGAAAAAUCUGAUACGGCUGGAGCAAUGGUCAAGAAAAUCCCUUUCACCCAUCCCAAAUGUGUGCCUGAUAUGAUUGAAGUUCUCAGACGUCAAGCAGCAUAUAACACCCUCAUUAGCAGCUGUGUGUCUGAGACAACUGAGUGUGAAGAUUCAUCAGACUUGCUUCAUUUUGACGUCGUUCAGCAAAAAGCCACUAGCUUUUCAGUAACAUUCCAGCAUCCACUGGAGGAGAACCUAGCCUGUGUGAUGGUCGAUGUUCUGAGUUCAAGGGACGUUAUAUGCACUCUUCAUACACAUUCUGAAGAUGGAGCAUUAAUCUGCAGCAAUGAUUAUCUCACAAGAGUCCUGAAGCGGUGUAUGUCAAUUCCGGUUCUCAUGAGAGCAAUUUUCAAGAAAGCCACCCAACAAAAAGCUGAGGAAACUUCUCUGAGCAAAGACGGAGUCUGUGAGGAAAACUGCAAAGACCAACAAGUUGAACAUAACCAGCAGUAGUGUGGCUACUUGUGAAACUGAGCAACAGCAUUAUUAUUUUUGGUGUAAUUCUUGGUUUAUU